GGAAGUGGCGGUUCUUUUCCGGGUUGUCGUUAAGUUAGCGCUGUCUCUCCCUGGGCGCGCGCUCGAGGCGCCAUGGCGGCGGAAGGCCCUGAUUCAGCUCCCGCUGCCAUGGCAACGGUGCCCGGGGUGACGGAGCGCUACUUCACCCGCUGGUACAAGCCAGAUGUAAAAGGUAAGCCAUGUGAGGAUCAUUGCAUAUUGCAGCAUUCUAACAGAAUCUGUGUCAUCACUAUAGCUGAUGCUCACCCUGUUCUGCAAAAGGGAAAGAGAAUUGAGAGUAUUAGUUACCAGAUAAGUGCCAACUGCAGUCGGCUGCAGAAUAAAGUCUCUGGAAAAUCCAAACGGGGUGCUCAGUUUCUAACAGAACUUGCCCCACUGUGUCGAAUAACCUGUACAGAUGGAGAUGAAUAUACCAUAUACAGCUGUAUAAGAGGGAGAUUGAUAGAAGUGAAUGAAAACAUUCUGAAAAGCCCAUCUCUUCUUCAAGAAAAGCCUUUCACAGAGGGAUACAUUGCAGUUGUAUUACCAAAGUUUGAAGAAAGCAAAAGAAUAACCGAGGGGCUCUUGACAAGGAAAGAAUACGAAGAGGUGUUCUCAAAACGUUUAAUACCACCUCAUGAUACAAUACAGAGUGAGAACUAAAUACAUUUCAUAGCAGAAAUAUGAAUUGUGUAAUACAGAUUCCAGUAUAUCCCAUGGUAAAGUGACUUUAUGAACUUUCGUGCUUAAAGGAAAGGAGAGGGACUGGGCAAAAAUACUAUGAAACUGAAAGAACAACAUGACUGAAAAGUUUUGAAUUUCUGUUCAGGUGAGGCAAAAGGAAGCCAGGCUUUAAGAAUGUAAAGUACCAAGUAUAUUUUAAAAUCUGUUUCAGUGGUAUCAACAGAACCUGGCCUAACUGGUUGGACUAUAACCAUACUGUUGUAUUUAAAGGUGCAGUGUCAAAAUAUUUUUCCAGUCAUGUCAAUAAAAGCUCUUGUUUACCAAUA